AUGGCCAAGGAGUAUUAUACCCAGCGGGCGUCGGUGCCUGGCACCAUGAUCAUCACCGAGGCUACCUUCGUCUCCCGACAGGUCGAUGGCUACUCGUACGCUGGCCUCCACCACACUCCAGGCAUAUACACUAGAGACCAGAUAGCGUCUUGGAAAGAGAUUACAGAUGCCGUCCACGCUAAAGGCAGCUUCAUAUGGAUGCAGCUCUGGGCUCUUGGCCGCGUUGCCGACCCCAAGGCAGCAAGCACCAGAGGCUUCACCGUCAAAGGCCCAAGUGCGAUUCCAGAAGGAGAGGGCAAGCACAUGCCGGAGGAGAUGACCAAGGAGGACAUCAGGAGCGUAAUUGCGGACUUUGCGCAGGCAGCCCGCAACGCAAUCGAGGCUGGCUUCGAUGGCGUCGAGCUGCACGGUGCAAACGGCUAUCUGAUCGACCAAUUCAUCCAAGACAGGGCGAACCAGCGAAUAGACGAAUAUGGAGGCAGUAUUGAGAACCGGGCGCGGUUUGUUAUUGAGACUGCCAGCGCCGUCGUUGCCGCUGUCGGCGCGGAUAGAGUCGGGAUCCGGUUCUCGCCAUGGUCGACCUUCCAGGGAAUGCGCAUGACGGAUCCGAUCCCGCAGUUCACACAUGUCGCCCGGGAGCUGAAGAAGCUCAAACUGGCUUAUUUGCAUGUUGUCGAGGGCCGCGUCGAUGGCAAUGCAGAUGCAGACAGUGCGGACAGUAUCCAUUUCAUGCUUGACGCUUGGGAAAAUGAGUCGCCCGUGCUUAUUGCGGGCGGCUUCAACCCCCAAAAUGCCAAGCGAGCUGCGGAGGAUUAUUAUAGGAACACAAAAGUGGCCAUUGUCUUCGGCCGGUGGUUUAUUUCGAACCCAGACUUGCCCUUCAGGAUUCGAAGAGACAUUCCUCUUACACCGUACGAUCGAAAGACCUUCUAUGCCGAGACGGAUGUGGGCUAUACAGAUUAUGCUUUCAGCGACGAGUUUGUUGAAAGUAUUUACUCAUCACCGGCUGGUGUAGGAAAGAAGACACAAAUCAAGAAGUAG